AUGGCCGUCACGUUGGAGCAGUGGUACCGGCAGAUGCCGGUGGUGACGAGGAGCUACCUCACGCUCUCGUUCCUGACCACCGCGGGCUGCGCCCUCGAGCUCAUCUCGCCCUUCUCGGUCUACUAUAAUUCGCACCUCAUCUUCCGCAAGUACCAGCUGUGGCGCCUGUUCACCAACUUCUUCUUCUUCGGUUCGCUCGGCAUGGACUUCGUGUUCCACAUGUUCUUCCUCUCGAGGUACUGUCGGCUCCUCGAGGAGGGCACCUUCCGAGGACGAUCCGCGGACUUCUUCUACAUGCUUCUCUUUGGCAGCGCCCUGCUGUCGUCGGUGGCGCCGUUCAUCAACAUCCAGUUCCUGGGCGCGUCGCUCACGUUCAUGAUGGUGUACGUCUGGGGCCGACGGAACCGUUACGUGCAGAUGUCAUUCCUCGGGCUGUUCUCGUUCACGGCGCCGUACCUGCCGUGGGUGCUGUUGAUCUUCUCGUGCAUGCUCGGGUCGUCUCCGGUUGUCGAUCUCCUCGGCAUGGCCGCGGGUCACGUGUAUUACUUCCUGGAGGACGUCUACCCCACGAUGACGAACAGACGCGUGCUGAAGACGCCCGCGUUGGUGAGGUACGCGUUCGGACAGGCCGCGGUGGACGGGCCCGUAGGUGGUGGCGAGAGAAACGGCGGCGAGGGAGGGGUCCGCGGCGUCUUCUUCGGAGGGAGGGCGGCGGGUGGCGGGAACGGCGGGGACGGGAACGGGAACGGCGGGGACGGGAACGGGGACGGCGGGAACGCGGGCGGCGAGGGCAACGCCGCGAUCGCGCGUGCCCUGGGAGGAGGAGGCGAGUGA